AAGUCCUUCUCUCUGGUGUUGGAGGCUCUGGACUAUGACAAUGAUACAUCAGAAUCAGGUAAGACUGAAUGGCAGACAUACCGUCACCACGGCCGCAUUCUCAGCCUGGAGUACCGGCUGCGCUUCCGAUGUGACUCCAACUAUUACGGACCUUUGUGCAACAAGUUCUGCCGUGCCCGCGAUGACUUCUUUGGGCACUUCAACUGUGAUGCCGCCGGCUCAAAGGUCUGCAUGGAAGGCUGGACGGGGCCAGAGUGCAAAGAGGCGGUAUGCAAGCAGGGAUGCCACCAGGUCCACGGCUUCUGCACAGUGCCAGGAGAAUGCCAGUGUCACUAUGGCUGGAAGGGCCCUCUGUGUGACCAGUGUGAGACGUUCCCCGGCUGCGAGUACGGCAGCUGCACCGAGCCCUGGCAGUGUGUGUGCGACGUCAACUGGGGAGGACUGCUGUGUAACAAAGAUCUCAAUUAUUGUGGGACCCAUCAGCCCUGUAAGAAUGGUGGAACCUGCACCAACACAGAGCCGAACGAGUAUCAGUGCGAGUGCCAGGAGGGUUUUCGAGGUCGCAACUGUGACAUUGUGGAGCAUGCGUGUUUGUCAUCCCCAUGCAUGAACAGAGCCACCUGUGUAGAAGACCCAACAGGCUUCAGCUGCAUCUGUCCUGAAGGCUGGACGGGACACACCUGCGCAGAGGUGGUAAGGCAGUGUGAUCGUGGCCCUUGCGGACGUGGAGCAACAUGUGAGGAGGCUCCUGGAGGUUUCCGGUGUCUCUGUCCACCUGGAUGGACGGGCAGGACGUGCCAACUGGACACCAAUGAAUGUGAAAUGAGUAUAUGUAUCCACGCCCGCUCUUGUCGCAACUUGAUCGGUGGAUAUCUGUGCGACUGCCUUCCUGGAUGGACUGGGCCCAACUGUGACAUCAGGAACAGCAGCUGUCAGGGUUUGUGUUUGAAUGGCGCGCAUUGUGAGGAUCAAGUAUCGGGGUCCAAAUGCAUGUGUCCACCUGGUUUCUCUGGAAAAUAUUGCCAAGAUGGUCCGAGUCCUUGUGACAGUGCCCCGUGUCUGCAUGGAGGGCAGUGUGUUGAGAGGGACGGAAAGAUAGCCGCCUGCAACUGUCCUGCGGGAUAUUCGGGAACCUUCUGUGAGCUAACAUUGGAUCCCUGCAAUCCUAACCCCUGCCAGCAGGGGGUGCAGUGUUACAGCUCCGAGGGAACCUUCACUUGUGCCUGUCCUAAUGGUUACUAUGGCAAUGAGUGUGUGAGCCUCAAAAGUCCUUGCAUCGGUCAACACUGCCAAGGGGCCAUGUCGGACACAACACACGGGGGCCUCAGCUUCUACAUGAUCCUGGUGGGGGUGUUGGCCCUGGUGACGGUGUGCGGCUGCGCGGCCUGCGCCGUCAUCCUCUCGCACCUCCACCGAAAGCGGAAAAAGCAGCAGGCCGUGCCACAGGAAGAGGGCAUCAACAACCAGAGGGAGUUUGUCAACCUGAUCAGAAACGUGGACCGCCCCGUGCCCCUCCUGCCCUCGGCCGGCCCCCCGACACAGCCCCCGGCUCCUGCGCCCGUUUCCCGUUUCUACGAGGAGAUCGAACUGACCCUGCCCCCCUCCCCGGCGCCUCCACAGGCCUCCCCGGUGCUAAAGCCGGCCCCUGCCCCCAAACUAGACAUUUCAAACCGAGAAAGGGAGAAACUGAACCGCUUCCAUUACGCAGACAAUCAGGAGCUGGAG